AAGUUCUCCCUCAGAGCUCUCUUCUGCUGCAGCCGUCACCAGGCUCUCCUUGUCCUCCAACAUGGCCUCCUACAGCUCCUCCGCCCAGACCGCCUCCUCCUACCGCCGUCACUUCGGCCACGGCACCUACGCCUCGCCCUCCCUCAACCGUUCGAUGCUGGGCCAUGGCAGCGGUGGUGGUGGAGGCCGCGUCUCCUCCAGGGUCUACGAGGUGACCCGGACCAGCUCGACGCCGGCCUACCGGGUCUCUUCCAGCUACUAUGGUAAGCCCCUAUCAGCUUCCCGGGCCUCCGUCGGGCGCUCCUACGCUGGCAUGGGCGAGACGCUGGACUUCAGCCUGGCCGACGCCAUCAACCAGGAGUUCAUCACCACGCGGACCAAUGAGAAGGCCGAGCUGCAGCACCUGAACGACCGCUUCGCCAGCUACAUCGAGAAGGUCCGCUUCCUGGAGCAGCAGAACCAGGUGCUGUCGGUGGAGGUGGAGCGGCUGCGUGGCCGCGAGCCGACCCGCAUCGCCGACCUGUACGAGGAGGAGAUGAACGAGCUGAGGAGGCAGAUAGAGAUCCUGACCAAUCAGAGGUCACGCAUAGAGGUGGAGCGGGACAACCUGGCCGACGACCUGGACAAGCUGAAACUCAGACUUCAGGAAGAGAUUCUCCAAAAAGAGGAAGCAGAAAAUAACUUGGCUGCUUUCAGGGCGGACGUGGACGCCGCCACUCUGGCUCGUCUGGACCUGGAGAGACGCAUCGAGACGCUGCAGGAGGAGAUCGCCUUCCUGAAGAAGAUCCACGAGGAGGAGAUCCGCGAGUUGCAGUCGCAGAUGCAGGAAACUCAGGUGCAGAUCCAGAUGGACAUGUCCAAGCCGGACCUGACGGCGGCGCUGAGAGACAUCAGAGCUCAGUACGAGGGCAUCGCUGCCAAGAACAUCGCCGAGGCCGAGGACUGGUACAAGUCAAAGGUGUCCGACCUAAACCAGGCCGUGAAUAAGAACAACGAGGCACUGAAGCAGGCUCGACAGGAGACCAUGGAGUUCAGACACCAGAUCCAGUCCUACACCUGCGAGAUCGACUCGCUCAAAGGCACCAAUGAGUCUCUGAUGAGACAGAUGAGGGACAUGGAGGACCGUCACGGGCUGGAGGCCAGCGGCUUUCAGGACACCAUCGCCCGACUGGAGGCGGAAAUCGCCAACAUGAAGGACGAGAUGGCGCGCCACCUCCGCGAAUACCAGGACCUGCUUAACGUGAAGAUGGCGCUGGACGUGGAGAUCGCCACCUACAGGAAGCUGCUCGAAGGGGAGGAGAGCAGGAUCACCUUGCCUGUGCAGACCUACUCUACCCUGAGCUUCCGAGAGACCAGCCCUGAGCACCAGCGCUCCUCUGAGGUGCAUUCAAAGAAAACUGUCCUCAUCAAGACCAUCGAAACCCGCGAUGGGGAGGUUGUCAGCGAGUCGACGCAGCACCAGCAAGACGUCAUGUAACGAUGUGCAAAAGAAAAAAGAAGAAAGCAAACAAGCAGACAAAACUAAGACGGACGAAAAAAAGAAGAAGAUGGAAGGAGGCGAUUAAGAGGCGUCUGGAGAUGGGAGGAAAGAGGUCGUGCGAGGUAGAAAAUACAGGAAAGAUAGAAAGAGAGAGAGAGAGAGGAGAGAUAAUCCCCUUGUGACCUUGAAAUUUGCUAAUAAAAGUAAAGUGGAUUUCAUGUUA